AUGCGUAAAUGCGCGGGUCGAUAUUGGAGCGAGACCUGUGAAACAGCACCACUCAUGGCGCGACCGCGUGAAAAUGAUCCUGCAAGCGAAUUCCAAAAUGGAGCGCUUUCGUUUUUACAUGCAGAAAGUCUUGAUUUCCGGUACCAGACCAGUAAGUUUCUCUUCUUGCAGCUUCUGUCUCUUUAUGAAACAUCACUGCGGUACUGCCUUGACCCACGCAAUUUAGAAACACUUGGACUAGACAACUUGAAUGGAAAUCUGUCUCUUGGAUGCCUUGGUGCACAUUUCAAAAUUGACGCAGUUAAUAAGCGUCUUGUAUGCUUCAGCCAACGCCCUGGAUUUCGACGAUCACCAGGCCUGGAUGUUUUCGAGUUCAACGAGGACUGGUCGUUGCACCAAAAACAAAGACGCUUAAUAGAAGGACUAAAUUACAUGCACGACUUUGCUCUUUUGCCCGAGUACUACAUUGUCCAUAUCACUCCGUUUGUCAAGGUAACUACAUGGCUGUCGCUCAAAAUUGCAGCAGGAUGGACUUCACCUGGGGAAGCGAUGGAACACCAUAAAGAUCUUCCUUCAAAAUUCGUCAUUAUUCCACGAGAUCCAGCAAAAAGUGAUCAGAUUGUAACAGUUGAUACCGGAACAUUUCAUAUUUUUCAUUUUGGAACAGCCGAGCAAGAAGGCCAUUUAUUGAAAUUUACAGCUCCAUGUUUGGGUCCAAAAUUCAAUAUGGACUUUGAUAGCGAGGUAUGGCUAAGCAAUACCAGUGUUGCACCUGGGAAAGUCACAAAUUUUGUCAUAGAUUUAAACAGCAAGACAUCAUCUUUGAUUUCAUGUUUACAUGUCUUAGACAUGUAAACAUGAAAUCAAAGAUGAUGCUUCUGUUGAGUUUCCAACAACCCAUCCAUACAGGCAAGGACUGUCAGGAACACGGUACAAUUAUCUAAUGGCAAAUGAUCGACCGGGGGAGAAUAUCCCAUACAGAGAUGUCAUCAAGGUAGGAAACAUUUCGCUUCUAUCCAGUUCGAUUUGCUUAUUUUUGUGUCAAGAGGUAAUGAUUGCAGGGGCAAAACUACUGGCGGGGGUUGCACCCCCUCCCCAAUCUUCAAAAAAGCAGAUUUUGUCGGACAAAUUUAUGGCUGCCAGUAUAUCGGUUGGGCAAAUCUGGAAAUUUUGUUUAAGUCGCAAUUUAUUGCUACUUUUUGCCCCAGCUUGGUUUUUGAAUUAAUGGUUUUUUUACUUCAUCUUCUUUUUUUAUAUUUACAUAAAAUUUUUACAAAAACAUACACAAAUUUACCAGACGAUACCACAAAGAGCAUGGGAAUACAUAGCAACCCUGUGGUAAUUUACAUUCAACAUAUGAAACUAAAUUGACUACAAUUUAAAGAUACAAAAUGAACGAAAAGAAGAAAACUAUUUCUAGAGAGAGGAGGGGAGAGAGGAAAUAUGUUGUUUGUAUCACCAAUUUAUUCAAAACGUUUGAAGGCCUGGCUGGAGGAUGAGGUGAGGCCUGGAGGAGGCCUUACCUCAUCUUUUAUCAAUCUCCGCCCAGCUGGGAAAACAAAACAGAAACGAGGCAAGCAACAGCAAAUGUUGUUUAGACUUGUUUAAACAGAGUUAAUCCACUGGAAAAAAAUACCACACAUGACUUGAUUACCUAUUGCAGGGGCGGAUCUAGGGUGCCGCAACUGCCUUACGCAAGGCAGUCAACUACCGCUGACAAAGACUGAAACAUUUAAAUUUCGCCAAACACAUCUUCAGUUUCAGUUUCAUUUAUUUGAAAUUCCACUACAUACAUCCUUUGAUUUUUUUGUUAAUGACUCAUGCCCUCCCACCUCCCCCCCUCUUCUCCCCCAAGUAUCUCCAUUAAUUGAUUGCGUGCAGUCGUUGUGAGACCCUACUUUGCAUCUUUGCUUCGCCUCAUAUUGAGCGAAUAAGUGAUUCUUUCCCUGCGAUUAUGUGAUCUUCUUCCCUGCCUCAGAUGAUUUGACAUAAAUUAUAUUUUGCGGCAUUUCGCAUAUUAAUUUUAGAUGCCCGCGCAGUUUUAAACAAUCGUUUUUGAGACCCUACGUCAUUUUUAUUGUUCUCCUUGCGGCAUC